GGGCGGCCAAUCCGGGCCCGGGCGGCGCGCAGGCGCCCUUCCGCCCGGAGCGGCGCGGCCCCUGGACCAUGGGGACAAUACAUCUGUUUCGCAAAACACAAAGAUCUCUCAUUGGCAAGCUAUCGCAAGAAUUUAGGCUCGUUGCUGCUGACAGAAGGUCCUGGAAGAUUUUACUCUUUGGUGCCAUAAAUUUACUAUGCACCGGAUUCUUGCUGAUGUGGUGCAGUUCUACAAACAGUAUAGCUCUAACUGCAUAUACGUAUCUGACCAUAUUUGAUCUCUUCAGUUUAAUGACAUGUCUGAUAAGCUACUGGGUAAUGAUGAGGAAACCGAGCCCAGUAUAUUCAUUUGGGUUUGAGAGAUUAGAAGUCCUAGCAGUAUUUGCUUCUACCGUUCUGGCCCAGCUGGGAGCUCUCUUUAUAUUAAAAGAAAGCGCCGAACGCUUUUUGGAGCAGCCCGAGAUACAUACGGGUCGAUUGUUAGUCGGUACUUUUGUGGCUCUCUCCUUCAACUUGUUUACAAUGCUUUCCGUUCGGAAUAAACCCUUUGCUUAUGUCUCUGAAGCUGCUAGUACAAGUUGGCUUCAAGAGCAUGUCGCGGAUCUCAGUAGGAGCGUAUGUGGCAUCAUUCCUGGGCUCAGCAGUAUCUUCCUGCCCCGAAUGAACCCCUUUGUCUUGAUUGAUCUCGCCGGGGCGCUUGCCCUCUGCAUUACGUACAUGCUAAUCGAAAUUAAUAAUUACUUUGCUGUAGACACCGCCUCAGCCAUAGCUAUUGCUCUGAUGACAUUUGGUACUAUGUACCCCAUGAGUGUGUACAGUGGAAAAGUAUUACUCCAGACCACUCCACCUCACGUAAUCGGUCAACUGGAUAAGCUCAUCAGAGAGGUUUCAACCUUGGAUGGAGUCUUGGAAGUCCGAAAUGAGCACUUUUGGACGCUGGGUUUUGGUUCGCUGGCUGGAUCGGUGCACGUGCGGAUUCGAAGAGAUGCCAACGAGCAGAUGGUCCUCGCUCACGUCACCAACCGACUGUACACUCUGGUGUCCACGCUGACCGUUCAGAUUUUCAAGGAUGACUGGAUCAGGCCCGCCCUGGUGUCCGGGCCCGUUGCGGCCAACGUGCUCUCCGAUCAUCACAUCAUCCCGAUGCCCCCCGUGAGGGUCACCGACGAGCCGAGCCCUGCCACGUCCACUCCGGCGAAGCCCGGUAGCCCUCCUCCGGAAUUUUCUUUCAACACCCCGGGGAAAAACGUGAACCCCGUCGUCCUCCUCAACACCCAAAGCAGGCCGUACGGUCUGGGCGGUAACCACGGAGCCGCACCGUACGGUGGUGGCUUCAGUCCGGGAUUCGGAAUACCGGGAGUGGGGGCCGCCCAGGGAUCCAGGACCGGUUUUACAAAUCUUCCCAACAGAUUCGGAACUCACGCCAGAGGCCAGCCCAGACCGUGAUAGUCUCCCGUUGCGUUUUAUUUAUUGUCGUCGGCGUUCCGCCUCCUCGGCUGGUUUAUUUUCCCGAACGGCAUUUCUUUUUAAGAAAAAGAAUCACCAGAAGACCAGUCAGGGUUAGAGAUCGAUGGUGUUGCAUCCCCCCGCCCCCAGUUUAAUCAAGUCGGUGAGAUUUACAUUUUCCCAAACUCUUCCCCAACUUGGGAGCUCCAGACAGGUUUCCGCUAGAUGUUUCUUCUCCUCUUUGGUUUUUGCGUUCGACUCUGCGAUCGCGCGACUGUUCCAGGAGAGAAAUCCCUUUGGAUCCCUUUUGUUUCUUCCACAGCGGUUGAGUAUUCUGAUCUGCCGUCUCUGAGUAAUGAGCAGCAUUUCAAGGGAGGAGAGAAACCUCCCGAGACGAGAAAGUCUCUUCAGCCGCACUUCUCAAAUGAAUGAUUUUAUUGAGUGGGGACUGCCCUUGGGUUUGAAAGUUUAGUGUUCGUUUUUUUCCUAAAGAAGUAAAAGUGUUUUGUUCUAUUCCCAAACGUUUCCAUGUCUUACUGCCCAGCAAGACUUCAAAUUCUGAAAUUGAGACCGGGUUUUUUUUGUUUGUUUUUUAAAUUCAUAUAUCAACUAGAGGUUUCGGUAACCAGUAUUUGUAGCUACUGUAUUACCCUCUCUUCGUUAUAUUUUUUGUUAGGUAAUUAUAAAAUUCCUAGUGCAAUAAAAUACGGACUUUCUA